CAGGAGACAAGCUGUCUCUAGUGACUAGUCAGGGACCGGUCCAGAAAUAAAGGUGGAGGAUUCUCUCUUUCGACUUCUGCACAACAAACAUGAUGAUAAAGAAAAAAAUGAAGGAAGCAGCUAUAGGUUUUGCACUAGGAGCAGUGGGAGGCUCCAUUAUGGGAGCCACAGAAGACCCCGUUGACAGGACGCUGGCUGCAAUGACCUCAGCGAGUCAACUGAAACCACUGAUCGAAGACAUCAGAACAGUGGGUGCUCUCGGUCUGGGGACUCUCAUGGGAGCUUCUGCACUGACCAUCGCCAUGACCUCGGUUGUAGCUGGCGUUGUCAUGGCAGCAGUGGUAGCUUCAGUGUUCGUCACCACAAGGAAUUGUGGGACAACUACGACCAACUAUGCAAACUUGUGGGCAAAUGCAGGACUUGCCGGUGCCUUUGGGACCACACUCAGCGGUGCCACGCUCGGUUUUCUCAUUGAAAUGAUUGUGAAUAAUUUUGGCAUGAUUGGUCUUCUGUGUGCACUGUCCAUUUUCAGCAUCCUCAAACCACCCCUGCGCUUUGUAUUUAACGUCCUCUGGGAACAAGGAGAGGCCUGUUGCACUCAAGGGUCUAUGAUUUGGGACACAGAAAGGAAACAGAUCGAGAUUUCAGAUUUAGAGCAGAGAGAAAGGGUGGCUGUGCAAAUAGAAGAGAGGAUCCUGACAAUAAAUAAUGGGAUGAACACUCCUGACGCAAAUGACACGUCAACAUGGGCCACUGAGCGGAAGCUGCGAGAAGGACUAGAGAGGAAGAAGACGGAGGCUGAAGAGGCACAAGUCAAACAAAGGACCCUCCAAGACUGGAUCAAAACUGUGAUGAUUAAAUAUGUGGACUUUUUGGCUUUUUCGGGAAUUCCAAUGACGGUGGUUGCUGUCGUAACUUCACUUUUUGGUUUAUUUGGAUAUGGAGGCCACCAUUCUGUGUUCAUUGUACUUGUAGCUUUAGUAGCAAUCAUUGGCUAUUUGAUUCUGAAGUCGUCUGAUUUUAAGUUCUGGAUGUUGGUCGGAUGCAUGGGAAUGCUUGCAACAUUCGUGAUUGCCAUGCUCACCGUACAAGCCGGGGACGAGAUCAGGAAUCAGAAAGGGCAACCGCAAGAUGUAAAUGGUGACAGCAUCAGCGAUCGCAUGAGUGACCGUUCCUCUCGGGAAGCUUUGAAAACAGCAAUUAUUGCAGCAAAACUUUGCCAGCUGAGUUUGGGAGCCACAGUUGGAGGGCCCCUUGUAAGGCAUGCAGCUGGAGGGAGCAAAGUCAUCAUCGGGGCUGCCGUCAUUUCCGUAGUUUUACUGGCUGGUGUGGAGAUUUUAUCCCCAGCUCUGGGGAAGGGAGGCAAAGCUGGGGCACUGCUGGGGGUGGUGGGUACAUCUGGGGUGUCUGUGGGUGCAGUGGCAGCCAUGGCAGGGCAGUGUUCUUCAUGGCCACGUACUUCGGGAGCUGUCGCGGGCGUGAUUAUUGGCGCAUUGGUCAUGGGUAACUUUCAUUUUGUCAUGCUUGGAGUACAACUUUUUGUUGCCUACACUUUUGCUAUGACUAAUGCUUUCUGAAACAUAGGAUGUACAGUAAAUUGCAGUGGAGCCAAAUACAAUAUGGACAUGUAAAUUUGCAUUCUCCAAUGGUAUAAUCCAUUUGAAUUCACUGUGCCAAAAAGAAUACAAAUACGCUUGUUGUAUAAAGUAUUUUUCUUUUCUUUUUAAUAGGAGUUAUGAAAAGCUUCAUUCCACUUCCUGGGUCUUGUUCUGAUGAUUUGGACAUUUGUGUUAGAUUAAUAAAUUAUAAUAAUUAUAAUUUAAUGCAGUCCAAGCAGGGAUUUUAUUACAAUUAGUUGAACUGCAUUAUCAUUCCAGUGAAGCAGGUAGCCACCUCCUUAAAGCCCCUGAAGUGAAUAUAAAUGUCUUGUAAAUUUCCGUGUCAUUCAGUCUGUGGCUUACGCGACAGGACAGCACACUCGUCCCCACAGACAGGUCUCAGGGGGCAGUGCCCAUCCACCAAGAAGCUUGUAUCCUCAUCCUGAAGCACGGAUCUCUAAAAAUAAACAAACCUUUUUACAAUUUU